CGAGAAAUAAAUAUGAAAUACUUUGAUAAGAAUGCACGAGAAAUUCAAGAGUCCUCUUCGUAACCCACUAUCCCCUUACGAAUUCCAGAGUCGCACUCGGUUGAUACGAGGCAAUAGGCCGCUUCCAAUAAAGAACUGUGUAGUAUAUGUCUGCCAUGGCUUCUGAGACGAAGCGCAGGAAAAUAGAAUUCGAAAGCAUUCGCAGUUCAAAUCGGGAAGUUCUUUGCGGGACGGAGGGAGUACUAUGAAGAGCACAAUACCUAAGCCCAUAAGGCCAUCGACUCACGAAGUAGGGUUUGCCAAGGCCAUCGGCUCAUUGCUGCUGCUCUCCAAAGGCGCCAACCGCUAUGAAAGCCUCAAAGCAGACACAAAAUGAUACAAACUAUCUGAUGGUGGCAUCAACUCUCAGAGAUUUUUAGUAGAGGUAUGAUCCAAUUGGAUUGUUCUUCUCUUCUGAUUGUGUUGAUUUUUUUCUAUAGCGGUUCUUUCCGGGGCACUAGUGCUCCGAGGUGAUUUGUCUCUCUUGAUGUGGGGAGUUCUUUUGGUGUUCCAGCUAGCUUCGUCUGGUCAGGGGUUUCUGUUUUCCUUCUUUUAGAGUGCGAAGACAUUGGUAGAGCUCGUCCUCCUCCAAAACCACCUCUGUGGCAUGAAGAGUUUUGUGGAAAGAUUUUAUUUCAAUUUUAUUUUUCCAUUAGUAAUGCUUGUCUUUAUUUUAGUUUGAGUAUGUUUCAGGCUUUAAAUUGCCCGUUUCGUGUCUAGCGAAUCAGAUUGCUUUGUAUGAGGUGGCUGAUUCUAUGUCUAUUCCCAAGGCUCACAAUCUGAUCUGUCAUAACUGGCUGAUUGUUAUCUUGUAUCUUUUCUCGAUUAUAAUAUAAAAGCCAAUCCUUUAUAUUCAAAAAAAUCUAAGCCCGUUAGAAACUAGGUGUGGCCUAAUAAAAUGUUCAUAGCUUCCCGUAUGACCAAACAUAUGAAUGUAAUCAAAUAAUAUGAUGUUUUGCUUAUCAUGAGACAUAGCAAUAGUUUUAACACUGAACUUUCAGUUUUCCGGGAUUUAUCUUAUUGCCUAUUUUUGUGCAGGCCUGUAUCCUUUUCACCAGAGAAGUACACAGUUUCAACAUCUAAGGAUUAUAAACCAAAAGUUAAUGCGGGACAACCAAGUGGGACCAAUGUCAAGAUACAACAGGCGAGGAACUUGGCAGUAGCACAGGCACAACAAGAUGGUUGCACUGCCAAUUUUAGAAUAUUUGAUUCUCCGUUUGGCAAUUUUCUGGUACCUGUACUUCCCACUCUUGUGGAUCUUGGUUUGUAAUGUCAUCAUUUCAAGCAAUCAAAGAGAAACAAGUAGAUGGAGGGGAAGAGAGUACUAAAUUGUGUUUCUGUUGUACCAUCCAAACUCCUCACUAAGUUCAAACACGUAGAUAUGACGCAUUUUACCAAUAUUUUGAAUCGAACACUUUUCCCUCAACAUUAG